GGUGCCACUUGGCGGCCAUGGCAGCUGUAGUAUGGGCGACUCAGGGUCAGGGCCUGGCUGAGGGAAGUACCAUGGGCUACACCGGGUGUAGGGCAGAGACAGCGAUGUGUCGACUUUGCUGUUGAAUCCUCUGAUCCAUUGUUAGAGACUUGCGGGACAGCUUGCUCGACGGUAGACUCGGAAGGGAGUUUGCUGGGACUGGUGGGCUGGUCUCUUCCCUGGGGGCGGAUCACCCGCGGAGCCACCCUAGGGAACAGGUACCGCCAGAGAAGAAGACACUUGGGUUUACCUCUUGUCCCUGCUGCUACCAGGGACAUUGUCUAGGGGAGUGGGUCGUUGUGUCUUUCCGACAAUUGAAGAGAUAUCUAGUCGCACAAUUUCUCCCAUCUGUUACCUACGGGAAUCCCAGUGACUGGCAUCUAAGAACCUAAGAUUGCGCGAAGUUUUCUCUGGUGCUAGUGUCAGUAAGAAGGAGCUUGCUUCUUAAGAGAGCAGCGAGCUUCGUGAACACCCCGGCUGGUGGCAAGGCUAAAAGAAGUGGGAAACUCCCUUCUUCUCUUGGAAGACCACACGUUUAAACAGCCUAAGCGCCUUUUCAGACCGCUGGAAUUUUGAAGCCCGGUGGUAGAGGGUGACUACAGGAGGGCAGAAUGGAUGACUUUCUCUCCAUUAGUCUGCUGUCUUUGGCAAUGCUGGUAGGAUGUUACGUGGCUGGAAUCAUUCCUUUGGCUGUUAAUUUCUCAGAGGAGCGACUGAAGCUGGUGACUGUGUUGGGUGCUGGUCUUCUCUGUGGAACCGCACUGGCAGUUAUUGUGCCUGAAGGGGUGCACGCACUUUAUGAAGAGGUUCUGGAAGGAAAACACCAUCAAGCCAGUGAAACCAAGCAGAAUGUGAUUGCAUCAGACAAAGCAGCAGAAAUACCAGUUGUCCAUGAGCAUGAGCACAGCCAUGAUCAUACACAGCUACAUGCGUACAUUGGCGUGUCCCUUGUACUGGGCUUCGUUUUCAUGUUGCUAGUGGACCAGAUUGGCAGCUCCCAUGUGCAUUCCACUGACGAUCCAGAAACAGCAAGGCCUAGCAGUUCCAAAAUCACCACCACGCUGGGGCUGGUUGUCCAUGCCGCAGCGGAUGGAGUAGCUUUGGGAGCAGCAGCUUCUACUUCACAGACUAGUGUCCAGUUAAUUGUGUUCGUGGCAAUAAUGCUACACAAGGCUCCAGCAGCUUUUGGGCUGGUUUCCUUCCUGAUGCAUGCUGGCCUGGAGCGGAAUCGAAUUAGAAAGCAUUUGCUGGUAUUUGCAUUGGCAGCACCAGCCAUGUCCAUGCUGACAUACUUAGGAUUAAGUAAGAGCAGUAAAGAAGCCCUGUCAGAGGUCAAUGCCACUGGAGUGGCCAUGCUUUUCUCUGCCGGGACAUUUCUUUAUGUUGCCACCGUCCAUGUCCUCCCUGAGGUGGGUGGAAUGGGGCACAGCCACAGACCUGACAGCACUGGAGGGCGAGGCCUCAGCCGCCUUGAGGUGGCAGCCCUGGUUCUGGGUUGUCUCACACCACUCAUCCUAUCGAUAGGACACCAGCAUUAAUCGCUGAGGGCCCAGCCUCAGCUCCGGCCAUUGCCAUCCAGGAAGAAGAGCUAGCGCGUGGCGCUCCUCGCUUCCUCAGUGUCUUGUCUGACCUUGCCCAUCUCCACCCGUGUUCCUACAGUCCGAGGGAGAUGAGAGUCAGUCGUGGAAAAGUGGACUGGUGUACAGCAGGAACUUUGUAAUCAGAGACUUUGUGUUGUCUUCUAAAGGGACUGUGACAAGCUGAGUUUUGAUGUUUCUCUUAACCCUAUUCUCAGGGAAGAUGGAAUUUAGUUUUAAAGAAAAGUGGAGAACUUCAUACAAUGAAAUGGUAAUUAUGAAAAUACAGUGUUCUGUAAUUAAACUAAAGUUUUUUCCCUAA